AUGCGACCAAUGUGGUCAGAAGGAGAUACAGGCGCUGUGAGAUCAGGUGGUAUCGCCGCAGGUGAUUCGUUCACCCGCAGGGAACAGUCCAUUGAGAACGUGUGGUUCAGGCAGCAUGAGAUCGAGAACAUCAAGAAGAUGAGAGAAAGGCUGAAUGCUCAGAAGAAACAGUUGGCCGACUUCGAAACCCAUUUAGACGAAAUGGAGAAAGCCGCUGAAGAGAGAAAAGAAGCAUCGGGACAAGGGCAAUGA